AUGGAUUCCGCGUCACCACCAGCACCACCAUCGCAACCCGCUGUAAACGCAACGCCAUCACCAACACAAAGAGAAGUGACGUCCCUACCACCCGAAGCGAUCGCGCUCGCGAGCAAAUUCUUCGACGCAGCGCGACACGGGCAGAUGGAUCUCUUCGAGCAAGGCCUGCCCGCCGGCCUUCCCGCGAACCUAACGAACGACAAGGGCGAUUCACUGCUCAUGCUCGCCGCGUACCACGGGCACGCGGCACUGGUGUCGCUACUGCUUCAGCACGGCGCGGAUCCGAACCGCUGUAACGACCGGGGCCAAUCGCCGCUGGCGGGGGUGGUGUUCAAGAACGAACGCGACGUCAUCGCCGUGUUGUUGGAACACGGCGCCGAUCCGCUGGUCGGGAUGCCGAGUGCCCUGGAGGCUACGAGGGUGAGUGAGUUUGGAUGGUGA